AUGAGGAGUGUUGAGUUUAAGGUUAUAGAAACUGAUCUUGCAGAGUACUGCAUUAUUGCUCCUGAUACUGAGAUUUUCUGUGAGGGGGAGCCGGUAAAAAGAGAAGACGAGGACAGGCUUGAUGAGCCGCCAAAAGGUAUUUUGUUGUAUGGUCCACCUGGUUCAGGUAAGACAUUAAUAGCUAGAGGAGUCACAAAUGAGACAGGAGCUUUUUUCUUUUGCAUCAAUGGUCUAGAGAUCAUGUCAAAGCUAGCCGGUGAGAGUGAGAGUAAUUUGAGGAAGGCUUUUGAGGAAGCAGAGAAAAAUGCACCCUCAAUUAUCUUCAUUGAUGAGAUUGAUUCCAUUGCUCCUAAGAGAGAGAAAACUCAUGGGGAAGUUGAAAGUCACUUUGACUACAUUGAGGGCACCCUCAACGCCAUGGAGGGCACCCUCAAAGUAGAGGGUGCGCUCAACGCCAUGGAGGACGCCCUCAAUGAUGCAGCGUAUAAAUAG